AUGAGUACUAAGCGAGCACUAUACGACAAACUCUUGUCAUCGUACCCAAUAACUCUCAAGGCCACUAAAUCCAAAGGCCGUCAUUUCGUUGCCAAAUCUCAACUCCAACCAGGCACAACCGUAUUAGUAGAAUCACCCUGUGCAUUCGUUCUUUUUAAAGACAAUGCUCGGGAUUACUGCAGUUAUUGCAUGAAACGGUUUAAUAGAAUGACUGCUGCGACUCGACCUGCAUCAACAGAAACCAGUCUAUUUUCCCUCUCAUCGCAAUCAGAUUCAUCCAACACCUGCAUUGUAUGCACAGACUGCAGGAACCAAACGUUUUGGUGUUCAGAAUCAUGCAAGAAAGCGGAUCAAGCACAUCAACUGAUCUGUGCAGCCAUUGUCGAGUUGCCUGGAAUUGCUGGUAUGCAUUCAGUUGACUAUGCUCUAGUUAGACUGAUUGUGCAAGUGCUGGCCAACACGGCUGUUGAAGCCAUAUGGCAAAUGGACAGUUCAUGUAGAGUCGAGUCAACACCCAUGGCCUGUAUUAGUGAUCUACUAUCACAUCAGAAAUCUUAUCAAGGUCCAUGGCUAAAUGCAAUAGAUUGUGCUGCCGAGGAUAUUGCUGCUUGUUUGAGUCAUUUGAAAAUAAAUGACUCUUUGAAGAGUAAACAAGAAAUUAUCAAACUAGCCUGUCGCAUCAACUCCAACAGCCAUGGAGUAUAUGAUGCAACAGGAAACAAAAGUGGUGAAAUUGGUGUUGGCAUGUUUCCGUUUGUAGCAAUGCUGAACCAUUCAUGUGCACCAAACUGCGCAUUUGUAACAUCCCAAUCAGGCCAGAUGCUGGUACGCACAUUGACACAGGUUUCUCCAGGCACUGAGUUGUGUGUCGGGUAUAUAGAUCUUUUUACUCCAAGAUGGGAACGUAGAGGGAAACUUCUCACUACUAAACUUUUUUGGUGCACAUGUAUUCGGUGUGGGCCUCGUGCUGAAGAAACUGUUGUUUUAACUACGCUGGAUCCACCUACUAUGGAUCCAAAUGUUGAAAUGCACGAAAAAUCGAAUCUAUGGCAAGAGCUGCAGUUGGAUGGAGUGUUGUGUCUGUCGUGCAAAUCAUUGCUUGUUCCUACAAUCGAAAAUGGACAAGAUAUGGAUGCAGAUAUACUUUUCAGGUGUUUGAGUAGCAUCAAAUUGAUGGGCGACAAUCCUUUAGACAAAUGCGCCAAUCCAACAAUCUAUUCAGUUCAAGAUCGCCAAUCUAUUUUCGAUCAACUUACAAAAUAUAUUGAAUCAGCACAGGAUCUAAUCAAAAUUGACCAGCUUGCAUCUGCCAAAUGCGAAUAUGAAUCAGCUCUGGCUUUUGCAUACCUUAAACUUCAUCCAAACAACCACCAGUUUCUACCGCUCUACACGAACCUUGUUGAAAUUUCAAUGCGGUUAUCACAGCUCGACUCUGCUAUCAAGUACUCUAGAUGUGCAGUUGAUCAUCUUACGCAGUUGGUAGAUUUGAUUGGUGUUUCAAGACAUAUACCCGAACUGUCUGAUCUAACGUGCAAGUAUGCAGAAGUUUUGGAAAUUGCAGCAGAGUGUAUUCAUGAUGGUUUGACGAUUGAAACGAAUGCCAAUGGUGAACAAAUGAAUGAGGCCAACCUGAGGGAGUUAUCUGCGAAAUGCUAUACGCAAUGCCUCGAAAGUCGACUAGUAUGUUAUGGUGUAGAUCAUCCAAAAACCAAACUGAUUCAACAAAAGCUGCUCUAGUCAACUCAUGGAUCAACAGGAUCUGAUCAUCAUCUUGAUUUACCCACAAAACGCAUUCAAUAAAUUCAGAAUUUACUAUUGCU